CUUUACGGCACUGCACGGAGUUGUCCCGUUGAAAAUGGCUUCUUCGUUUUGGAAAGGUGUCGUCAGCAUUGGACUCUUUUCCUUAGCACACGCAGCUUUCUCAGCGGCACAACAUCGAUCUUACAUGCGACUUACAGAGAAAGAAAACGAAACCCUGCCAAUCGACAUUGUGCUCCAGACAUUACUCUCGUUCGUCAUGACCUGUUAUGGUAUUGUCCAUAUUGCUGGGGAGUUUAAAGACAUGGACGCCUCCUCGGAGCUCAAGAACAAAACGUUUGACACACUGAGGAAUCAUCCGUCUUUUUACCUUUUCAACCACCGAGGACGAGUGCUGUACCGCACCGCCGAGGAAGAGCCGUCCUCUCAGCAAGCUCUUCCCAACCCGCUACGGCUCCGCAAGCUGGAGCAUUUGCACUGAGACUGGCCUUUUCCCUGCCUGUAAAAUUACUAAUGUCAGAUAGGAUUUUUUGUUGUUGUCAUUAGACAGAGGAGCCAGAGUCACCAUUCAUUAUCCAUUUUUUUUUUUUUUUUUUUAUAUGUAUUUGUACAUAAUCAUUCAGUCAUGCUGUACAAACAUGCACCCCUGUUCACUAAAGUAGUCAUCUCCACCAGUGUGCCAACCCUUCAGUUAUUUUAUAUUUACUGUAUGGAAAUGCUUUGGAGUCUUGCGUACCGAGGCAUCUAGCCAUUGUGUCCCUUCCGACACUACUUUGGAUAUUUCUCUCCUUUGCACUUAAUAUUCUCUGUAUGAAGGGUAGAAAAAAAACUCAUUUCAUUCAUCAUAUGUCAGGACAGCAUUUAGUUUGAACUUUUUUUGUAAUUUAGCUCCCUGAAGACAUAGGGUGAAGAGGAAAUGUUGACAAGACUUGGAAGAGAAAUGAUGGUGCAUCUGUUUUCAUUGACAUUUUGUUAUAUUAUUUAAUAAACACGAUCAGAUUUUA